UUUUCAGGAAUUAAUGGAUUAUUCUAACAUUACAUAUUUCACUCUAGAGGGACAUGUGAAUUUACCGAAUUACAGAUAUAUAUAUUUUAUAAUUACUUUUACAGUGUACAUAAUGAUUAUCUGCUUUAAUACUGUUAUCAUUUCUGUUAUAUACAGAAACAAAUGUCUUCAUGAACCCAUGUAUAUUUUCAUUGCUGCUUUGCUUAGUAAUGCCCUUGUUGGAGCGACUGCUUUUUAUCCUAAACUGCUCACCGAUUUACUGUCUGAAAAGCAAAUUGCCACUUAUGAAGUGUGUUUGUUGCAAGCAUUUCUUCUUUAUACAUAUGGAUUGUCAGAGUUCAUGUUGUUAUCAGCUAUGGCCUAUGACAGAUAUGUGUCCAUCUGUAAACCAUUACAAUAUGCUACGAUUGUAAAAAUGUACACUGCGAAAAUGCUCAUAUUUUUAUCAUGUUUUUUUCCUUGCUGUGAACUUGGUAUUGCUGUUAUACUAACAUCCCGACUUCAGCUCUGUAAAUUUAAAUUGAACAGAAUAUAUUGUGAUAAUUAUUCAAUUGUUAAAUUAAGCUGUGGUGAAAUAUCUUUAAACAAUUUUUAUGGUUUGUUCAUUUUCAGCUUGUCUUCAUUUCCACCAGCAAUUUUCAUAAUCUACUCAUAUAUUAGGAUACUCACUGUUUGUUUAAAGAAUUCUAUAGAUUUUAGAAGAAAAUCUCUACAGACUUGUUUACCACAUCUUCUCAUUUUAAUCACUUACACCGUCACUUCAGGUUUUGAAAUAUUUAAUAGCAGAAUAGAAUCAAAACAAAUUCCCCACAUCGUCACCAUGAUCAUGUCCGUUAUUCCCUUAGUUAUUACUCCUCUAAUUAAUCCCAUAAUAUAUGGAUUAAAACUGCAGGGGAUAUUUAAUUGUGUCAGGACACUGAUUUCAUGUCAAAGGAGAGCAUGA